AGAUGCAAAUAAUGCCUUCACGCGUUCGCUCUAGUACACAGGACAGCCUACACUUCCGCUUAAAUACUUUUUCUACAGCAGGCUACAGCGUUUCUUAUAUAUUAUUAACAUUGCUGAGCCUUGUCUUCCUAGCGACUGCCAGCCACAUUGUUGUUGAUCUAUCUCAUUGUCAGGCACUGGUGGAGGGAGAAAGUGAGAUUCGUCAGGUGUACAACUGCCUGGAGAAAGUCGUCACUUUCCCCUCGCGCAGAGAGACAGAGACAAGCUUACAACAGCCGUCGUCCCCUAAGCUGAGUUGAGCACUUGUCCAUCACUUCGGCUUGACGGAGAGGCAGCAGAUGAGCUGUCACGAUCUGCAAGUAUUCCCUCAUGCAGACCGUAAUUUAGACGCCCUUUGUGAUGGCAACUUCCCCCUCACUCUCGCCACCCAAUGGGGCGACCCCACCCAAGAAUUUCAAUUCUGCAGCUGCCAACAGUCUUUCCGAACUUGCUCAGAGUGUCAAGGAGAAGGGAUUGUGGAUUUUUGGAGAGUCCGAGUCCAAGCGGAGGGUGAUCAAAAUUGAGAAAAGGGACGGCUCCUAUGGAUUCACUCUUCAGAGUUACGGGGUGCGUUACAAGCACGGGAAUCGAGAAACAGAUUUCAUCACCUACGUCAACGCUGUGGAGAAGGAUGGAGCUGCAUUCCACGCUGGCCUCCGAGAAGGGGAUGUCAUUUUGUCGAUAAACGGUCAGAACAUGGCCCGAGUGGAGCACAAGUCUCUGGUAGCCUUCAUACGACAAUGCCCUACCAACCUGAAAAUGAUUGUGGUGUCGGAUGAGCGGGCUCGCAAGGUUGAGCUGCACAUGCGCUAUGUUCACCUGCAAAAGAAACUUCAGGACAAAAUGAGGGAGUUGGACGAGUUGAACAAGACGGAGAAGGAGAUCCUCCUCGGCACCUUUGAUGGUCACAGCGUUGACCUCGUGGGGACCUCAUGCUUCAACGACCCCUCCUCCAGCUCUUGUUGCUUCUGCCCCACCAAACCAAAAACCUUUGCUCUGCUGGACGAGAGCAAGGAGAAGUCUAAAACCAUGGGUGGAUCCACAAAGUCUCGCAACAAGGACCUCUACUACGAAUGUUAUCGCAAGUCGCAGAGCACCAAAGAGCUCCACACCACAGACUCUGGUGAUGUCACUGCCACCACAACCACGAUAGGAUCCAUAGUUGGGAUUCAACCUGCCAAGAAGGCGCAGAGUGGGGGAGAACUGUCCACCCUACCCAGCUCCUCUAGCUCUUCGUACGUCGUCGGAGUGACUCCUGGUCCAAAUUUCAACGCCACUCCUGUUGUUGCUGGUGGUAAUAGCAACGCUGGACGCUGUCAUCAUCACCACCACCAUCAUCACAAUAAUGCUUCGUCUACACAUCACCAAGCCAAAGUAGGGUCCACUCCUUCCACAUCAGCCGACACGGGAGGACAGGGCAGCAGUUCAAAGCAGUGGGAUAACUUGAUGACGACAAAGUCCUUUGGGGGUUACGGUUUUGGAUUUGGGUAUGGAUACUACCCAUCUAAACAGGGACUAAGUGAGCAUCAUCACUUUUCUCACCCACACCAUCACAACCACCACACCCACUGCAGCAACCAUUCUCACUACUACUACAAUGGAGGUAACAAUACCAGUAGCAAUAACAAAUCAUCUCAACAACCUUGUGGUGGUGGUGCCAAAAUGUUGUCCAGACGGUCCUCUGCGGACUCGACAACUUGUCAUGUUGGAGGUGAGGGCAGCAGCAGCACUCGAGCCUUUACCAACUACACGACGUACAAGAUGGAUGGGACGACUCGAGUGGUGGCUCGAGUGACGAUGGGCAAUAUUGAGACGUCAUCAGGAGCGUGCACUAGAACUCUGCCCUCCACAGCGAGGUCCUCCUCCAGCUCCCGUCAAACGCCCGAUGCGGUGAGCUUCCUCGAGAAAACGCUGUCCGAUUCCAGCCUGAACAGUGAGCGCCACAAGGACUUUCCGAAGUCCAUUAGCUACUUUAGCAAGAGCAGCGAGGCUGAUGGCCAUUAUUCCAGUGAUGAUGAUUACGAGGAAUAUGCCACGGAAGCCAGUUUUGGUCCUAAAAACGAUAUAUACGUAUAAAAAGUAUAGUUUAAACUUUAAAUGUCUAGAUGGUACUUUAUUACGUAUUUAUUUACAUAUGUACAAAGUCUCUCUAUUUAUUGUUAGUUUGUGUCAUAGUCUCUCUCUGCAUACAUAUGUGUAUGUACUUAACAUAGUGCAACAAUACUCAAAAGUCCGUUCAUUUUUACAACCCAAUAAGUUCAGUCACGUAAUAAAUGACGUACGUUUCUUGCAUCGAAAACGAGGAAAUAUAGAAUAGUGCACUUAAAGAUAAACACUCGCACAUAACUUAUAACAUAGUAUUAGUUUAAUUUAAUACAACGGAAUUACUUCACUCAUGUUUAUGUAUGAA